AUGCUGCCGUUAAUAAGACAUUUUAUCCUUGCCGAAGCUCGCGAGCAGGAUAACGGACUCCUCCUUCGUCGGAAACAAUUGCCGACAGCUCAGGGGUCUUUUCGAAGACAUCGUCAGCUGGUGGGAGAUUCUUGGACGAAGAUGCUGCUGGCAGUUCUUUGCUGUAUCACGUGCUUACUUCCAGCGGCACUCGCAUCAUCCACCGCCGGUGUUUACUUUUCGAUUUCGAAGCUCCGCGUGACACUACCUAUCUCGAAGGAAUCCUACAUCAUCCUACGCAACGAACCGAUCGUCAACUUGCAUCUACUGUCCACGGGUAGCGAGCUGAGAACAAACGCCAUCGACCAGUCGGACGGUUAUAGCUAUGCGAUUGAAAGUCCACCCAAUACCGAGUACCUUAAGGUGGACUCUGGCACGGGCGCGUUGUGGAUAACGUCACAGAUUUACACCCUGUCGAACGUCACCGAGUUCGUAAUCGUAGCAGUGAAUGCAAGCGUUAAUUCACCGUUUGCCCACGGUGUUAUACCAGCCGCCCGGCUGACGCUCACCAUUGAUCCUGUGCCGGUGGCGGAAGAUUCGCUCGACAGCUUCUGCGAACAUCAUCCGGAGCGUGCCUGCUUCUGGGACACGGCACAGUACCGGGUGGCAGAAAAUGGACCAAGGGGAUGGACGAUCGGUGCGGUGGGACCCACGUUUUACCGUCGACUGUGUCCCCAGCAUCGACCCAAGUACGAACUAUUACUAUCAACGGCCGGCCAUAGAAACGAUAGCAACGAAUAUCUACUACUAGAUCCCAACGAGGGAACACUACGAACGAAGGUAUCGUUUGAUCACGAUACACACGCACCAGGACCAACGCUGCAAGCUAGCGUACGGUGCACGCUGCAACAGGUGCCACCCUCGGACACUGAAUUGCAAUCAUUUAAAGGUGAAUCUCAAAUAGUGGAUCGAACGAUCACGGUGAAUGUGCUGGAUCGGAACGACAAUUUGCCUCGUUUGGAGCAAUUGAACGAAACGGAUAGUUCAAUGCAUCACGCAGAACAGGGUGAUGUGCACAGUUAUCAAGUGUAUGUGGAUGAUCCACACGUUAAUCAGGGUGACACUGUCGGCUAUUUCCGGAUCAUAUUUACCGACGACGACUCCAUUCCGGUGAACACUCGUGUCCAUUACAAGCUGCACGGUGACACUAUGGAGCUGUUUCAUCCCGAUUGUGCAAUGUACGAAAAUGAGCACGACGGAGGCCUAAAGCAGACGGUCUUCGGAUGCAAGCUCAUUUUCGCCCGUUCUGGAAUUCUGCGAAACAGCCCCUACUGUGUCACGCUGCAGGCGGUGGACCAAACGGUGGAAUUAUCCCCGUACGAUACAGUCCGGGCCGCAUCACUGUUCGCCAAUGCGUCCAUAUGUCUCACAACGAACCUGAACCGCAUCCAUGAGUACGAUAUGCCCCGUCCGGAGGCACUAACGAGCAGCGGCAUUGUUCAUGCGCCACCCUACGGCGAAGGUAGUGGUUUCCGUGGAGAGCAAAAGGCGGGCAGAAAGAAAAGCAAAAAGGAAGCUAACCUAGCGAAGAUUGUGUACCCGAGAGAAGCGAUAGUGUAUGAUACUUCGCGCAAGUUCGCCCGAAUUGCGGAGCCCAAAUCGUUUAAGCAGCUAAUGCAGGAGAACAGUGUCGAUCUGAACUUCCAGCUUACGAGCAAUCCACUAAAUGCGUUCGGAAUUACGAAAAUUGCGGGAAUCAUCUACCUAAAGAACGAGACCGCCUUCCAGAACAAACCGGAAAGCCGGCACGAAAUAACCGUAGCAUGGAAGAACUACAGCGCGAGUAUUUUGGUUCGAAUGCAUAAGAAUCCCAACGUGCACUGUUCAUCGGUACCGUUCAAACAACCAGAGGAAGAAUUUUGCGCGGCCCAUCCAAACCGUACCACGUGUGAAAGUGCUUGCGGGUUGGGUAGUUUGAUGGGACCGUGUGAAUAUCGUGCCCCCAGUACGUCAGUGUUUGACGAACCGAGGCCUGUCGCAUGGACCGAAGACUAUCCGACCUGUUCGUCUGGUUUGUCGCACUGUCCGGACGGUAUUUGUGAUCCACUGGAGGAGAUGGGACACAGGGAAAAGAUACACAUCUGUCCGCAAGAUUGCGUUUUCACGAAGGAGAUCUUCGGUGUGCAUAAUUCGGACAAACCACGUGGAAUUCAAACCGCAUCCGGGCAUUGCAGUUGCCGUGCGUCUGGCCACUGUACUUGCAUCGACACUUUACGCAUUCCACCCUCGUACAAACGGAAUAAAACUGUCACGACGACGUCGAGCUCGACUUCGACCACCACUACAACACCGUCCAGCAUUGUGGGGCUUUCUGGAAGCGAUGUCGAGCUAGUACCGAUUGUUGGCAAAAACCAUAGUGAAGGAAAGUCUUCCGAAAGUGGAGGACCACGCCGGGAUCCGAGCGAUGGCGCAGAAGAUGCACCGCCGGCUGCGGUACGCGAUGGAAGCUUUUAUGAGCCGGGGCUGAUAAAGGGUCCGCAUACUUCGAUCUACCUGAUCGCGAUCGUCCUGAUACCGAUGGUGGUAGCAGUGAUGAUAGUACUGUACUGCUUUAGCCGCAAACUGUCGAUGAAGAAUAAGCUGCUGAAUGGGAGUGGUGGUAAUGGCACUAGCGGUGGAAUGAACAGCAUCAGCAUGAACCUCGUCAGUAAUGAUACGGAAAUUUUUAAUGUUGAGUUACCGCUGACAGCGCGAUUAAAUGAAUUCAACUUUAAAAUUGAUUACGAUUCCAAGUGGGAAUUUCCACGCUCCAGCCUCAUUCUCGAUGCGACACUUGGCGAGGGCGAGUUCGGAAAAGUGCUGAAGGGCUUUGCAACGGACCUGCCGGAAAAACCGGGCAUCACAACCGUUGCGGUGAAGAUGCUCAAAACCGGUGCAAACUCAGUUGAAUUGCUUGCCCUAUUGUCCGAGUAUCAGCUGCUACAGGAAGUGAACCAUCCCAACGUGAUCCGGCUUCUAGGAGCGUGUACGAAGGGAGACACACCACUGCUGAUCAUUGAAUACUGUCAGUACGGAUCGUUGAAAAACUAUCUUCGUUUAAGCCGCAAGCUGGAAGUUCUAAAUGCAGACUACGAGAAUGCUGUCGAACCGAUCACGGUAAAGGACAUACUUUCGUUCGCAUGGCAGAUCAGCAAAGGCAUGGCUUAUCUAACCGACAUAAAGCUGGUGCAUCGAGAUUUGGCCGCACGGAAUGUAUUGCUGGCGGAAGGCAAAGUAUGCAAAAUUUCAGACUUUGGACUAACGCGUGACGUGUACGAAGAUGAUGCGUAUCUGAAGAAGAGCAAGGAUCGGGUACCAGUUAAGUGGAUGGCACCAGAAUCGCUAGCAGAUCACAUCUACACCACCAAGAGCGAUGUUUGGGCGUUCGGUGUACUGUGCUGGGAGCUGAUAACGCUCGGUGCAUCACCUUAUCCCGGUAUCCCGCCUCAGAACCUUUACAAUCUGCUAAAGCAAGGAUACCGGAUGGAGUGUCCGAAAAAUUGUUCUGAAGAAAUAUACAGCAUCGUUCGUUCGUGUUGGGCCGACGAUCCCAAGCAGCGACCCAGCUUUAAGCAUCUCGCUGGACAGUUUGAGCAUCUGCUGGGACGCAGUGCAAAGUACAUCGAUAUGGAACAAAAUUCUAUUUCCAAUCCGGUGUACUGUGUUAAUGUCGAUGAAGUCGACUGUGCAAAGAUGGCUAUUUGCAAGGAAGAACAGGACCGACUGGAAAGUCUUUGGACGCCACCGCAGUACGAAACGGUGGACACGACGAGUGCUGAGCAUACUGGACGUUAUCAAACACCCUCGGCGAUGGCAGUAACUGCAGUGAUAUCGGAGCUGUCCGAGGACAAGAAACAAUUACUGUUACAGAGCUAUGACACGCCUCGUCCCCUGAUCGAAACGGCCACGAUUGAACAGAAACUUCGUUACGAAAACGAUGUACGUUUGAGGCCGAAAAAGCUUAGCAAUGCUAGUGGUUCGUCCACGAGUUCCAACGAGGAUCAUUUCCACCAUCACCACCGUUCCGGUGCAGUACGAUCUUCCUCCAUAAGUCCACCGCGCUGUUUGCGAAAUCAUUUCGAGGAAACAUCCUUCAUCACGAGCACUCCAAUCAAAGCGGAUCGAGACACAGCCAGUAGCAGCAGUGGCAGCAACGGUAACAGCGAGUACGAUUCACCCAGCCGACAGCCACGCCGGGUCGUUUCGUACGUCGAUAUGAACAAAAACAAUCGCCAUCUGAACGCGAACCUAGAGAUCAAUAAUAUGGUCGACAAGAAACAGUCCAAAGAUAUUGCCUUACGAUUUUCGAACGUCGAUAACGAGCUGCAGAUGGUGCUGGUAGAUCCGAUCUCUGGCCUUACGUCCAUCCAAAGCUGUCCAAAGAAUGUUUCGAUGGAAUCGCAACUAGCCAUGCCGAAUCAAGUGCUGGUGCAGGAACAUAAAAUAGCGAACAACAGCAACGCUGAAGUUCCCGUCGAGUACGCAGAGGUUAUGAAAAAGCAUGCUACCAACGAAAAGGAUCCGGUAGGGCUUACCCUAACCUCAACGGUUUAA